GAGCAAGAGAGCGAAGUACAGACUGGAAGGGGGAGAGGCCGGAGGCAGGGAGCUCGGCAAGGAGGCCGAUGCGACGGUCGAGACGGGGAAUGACGAGGGCUUGGACCAGUGAGGUUGAGUUCGGGAAGAAGAGCGGGGAGUGGAUUCUAGAGAUGCGGUGAAGAGAGAACCGACAAGACUUGAUGACCGACUGAUAUGGGGGGGGUUAAAGGAUAGAGAUGAGUCGGGGACACUGCCAAAGUUGCAGGUUUCGGAGCCCCUGAGGAUAGUGGUGGUGUCCAGAGCGGUGGGAAAGUCGGAGAGCGUCAUGCUGCUGCUUGACUGAAAAUGGAAAAGAAAACAGUGGCAGGAUUCAGAUCUGGUAAUCAGGAGAGACUAACUUAUCUGCAGCGUGGCCUAACCGAGAAAGCAUGGGACUUCAAGUUUCAGUCCCAACUCGGCCACUCUCCUGCCAUGAACUUUCACCUCUUUACCUCUGUAGACCUCAGUUUCUUCACUUGUAAAAUGGAGGUAAUACACUUGUUCUCCCUACCCCUUAGGUCCCGAGCCGUGGGUCGGACCAGGGUCUGCGCCCAGUCGGCACCUUGCCUGGCACCCGGGUGGCAUUCGGUCGAUACCAUAAUUGAUUAUAAUCCAAUUUCCGCUUUAAGCGGAGUUUCCUCGGCGGAGUUUUAAGACCAUAAAAAGGCGCCGAAUGUUAUAGCCGGAAGGGACCCCGAGGGUUUUAGUCCAGUCCUGCUGUUUCAGGCUGGCGCGUGACUUAAAGGACUUCCAAAGUCGGCUUCAGGGAACCCAAUUCCGGUAUUGGAUCACCACGAAAGUCAAGUGCUUCCAUAUAUUUAACCCAGACCGCCCCGGUUUUAAGCCAGGUUCCUCUUGUUCACGCCCGCAGCCUCUUCCUCCUUUUAUAUUAAAGCCUAUCCUAAAUGAUCAUCACCUUUUAUAAGUACAUCUCGUACGUUCAGAAGUCACUUUGCCACCGAAAACCGAGCGUGGUUAUCCUUUGGUCUCGGUGCCGGGGUAAAAUCGAAUCAUUUGGAGACAAUGAUUUGCAAGGCACUAAUAGUUCUGGAUCAUUGGGUGGUCUUGAUGUGCGCCGAAGAAUCCCUAUAAAGUUAAUCUCCAAGCAGACCAACAAAGCCAAGCCUGCACCUCGUGCUCCCCGAAGUAUGACUAGGAUGCCUUCGAAGGCCCAGCCUGGUGACGAAGAAGGAUUUGACUACAGUGAAGAAGAGCGAUAUGACUGUAAAGGAGGCGAUCUGUUUGGGACUCAGCGAAGAUUUCCGGGACACAUUUUCUGGGAUUUUCAGAUCAACAUCUUGGGUGAAAAGGAUGAAACCCCAGUCCAUUUCUGUGAUAAGUGCGGGUUGCCGAUUAAAAUCUACGGUCGCAUGAUACCGUGCAAGCACGUUUUCUGCUAUGACUGUGCUAUUUUGCAUGAAAAAAAAGGGGACAAGAUGUGUCCAGGCUGUAGCGACCCGGUCCAGCGGAUCGAGCAGUGUGCCCGAGGGUCUCUGUUCAUGUGUAGCGUCGUCCAAGGAUGCAAGAGGACCUAUCUGUCUCAGAGAGACCUGCAGGCUCACAUCAACCACCGCCACGUGAGAGCCGGGAAGCCCGCCGCCCGCCCUCCCGUCGAACCCGUCCACCCGCCCGUAGCCCCGCCGCCGGCGGAGAUUCCCGACCGCUUCCUCGUGCCCCCGGAGAAGCACCAUCUGAGCCACGUCCCGCCGAAGCAGCACAUCCUGCUCCCGCCGCCCCCCUUGCAGCACGUGCCCCACGAGCACUACGGCCAGCCCCACGAGGACGUCCGGGCCCCGCCGGCGGAGAUGGCCGUGGCCCCGCCGCCGCCGCGCCCCGUCGGCCAGGAGACCUUUCGCAUCUCGACGAGGAAGCACAGCAACCUGAUCACCGUCCCCAUCCAGGACGACUCCGGCUCCGGGGCGCGGGAGCCGCCGCCCCCGGCCCCGGCCCCGGCCCCGGCCCCCGCUCACCAUCAUCCCGAGUACCCGGGCCAGCCGGUGGUGUCCCGCCCUCAUCGCAUCAUGCCGCCUCAGCAGCAUUACGCCCCGCCCCCGCCCCCGCCCCCGCCGCCCAUCAGCCACCCCAUGCAGCACCCGCCCCAGGCCGCGGCCGCGCCCCACCUGGUCUACGGCCAAGCCCCGCCUCCCCCCAUGACCUCCGCCCCGCCCCCCAUCACCCCUCCCCCCGGACACAUCAUCGCCCAGAUGCCCCCCUACAUGAACCACCCUCCUCCGGGCCCGCCCCCCCCGCAGCACGGCGGGCCGCCGGUCGGCGCUCCCCCUCCCCCGCCCCACCACUAUAACCCCAACUCGCUGCCGCAGUUCACCGAAGACCAAGGAACCCUCAGCCCCCCUUUCGCUCAGCCCGGGGGAAUGAGCCCCGGGAUCUGGCCGGCACCCAGAGGCCCGCCCCCUCCCCCCCGGAUGCAGGGUCCGCCCGCCCAGGCCCCGCUGCCCGGACCGCACCACCCCGAUCAGACGCGAUACAGGCCCUAUUACCAGUGAUGGACGGCGGGCGGCCGGGGGCCCCGGGGAUCGACCUCGGGCGGUGCGGAGCAGCGACUCCCGGGAGCGCGGUGCUGUGGGAAGAGACCCUCGGCGGGGCGGGGCGUCGGACCCCAGGGGCGGCCGUUGGGCACGUCGUGUCCUGAGGAAUCCGACCCACGUCGUCCCGCUCCGUCCCGAGUGUCGUUUUCUUCUUAGAGCCGACCUCGAGUUCCUCGCGUGAGACGGCGGCGGCGGCCCCUCUUGGAAAAUCCGAUCACGGUACGGGUGUCAGGUUGCCGUUUCUCUACGGGAACUCGAGCGCCGCCACGGAGUCCCCGAGGACCACGUGCGGCCGCUGACCUCCUCCCGAAGGUUUCGGCCAAAGGCCGAGAGCGGUUUUCCUUCGUUUCCUUGUUGUCCUGUUUCUCCCCUCUGGUUUUGGUUUUGUUAAAAACCACCCACGAAGGCGUCCCGGCCCUUCUCGAACUCACCGAGGCGCCGGGCCCCGGAAGGUGGCCCCGUGACUCUUGCGAGGCUUAAGGACCCGCAGGUCCGAAGCGGGGUACGUCGAGUCCGCGUAGAUGCCUUUGAUUUCGAGGCAGGCUGGGGAACCCGCCUCCCCCGGCGCGACCAGACCCCGGGAACGGGAGUCGAGGUCGAUAGCCGGCGAGUGGGCUGACGGAGGUGAGGGCGCUCCCCGGGCCGCACCCCGGGUGGGUUCCGUGGUGGAGGGGCGGCCAACUGGCCGGGUCCCUAAAGGGCUAGGGCUUGGUGGUGCCGGUGCCGUUGAAGCCCACCCUGUCCCCGCCUUUUCUCCCUCCCCAUAGAGAGCUUGGAGGGUGAACUGGGCUCUUUACCAAAAAUGACCCGCCUGCCCUCGCUAGACAUUCUUCCCCAGUUGAAGCGGGGUCUCGUUAGCGGUCUCCCCACCGAAACUCGAAAGUUCAACGUAGGCGAUCCUCGAGCGUUGCUUCGGGGACCUGGGAAGGGGCUCGGGUUGUCCCCCACUGGGAGGGCGGUUGAGCCCGGACGGGACCGGGGAGGGGGCCGCCGAGAGGUCACCGACUGGCUCGCGUUGGCCCCCCGCCCCAGGUGACCCCCCCGGAGAGGGAUCUACGGGCCCCCGACGGCCGAAGCGAACCACGAAAGUAGAGUAGUAUUUUGUUUUCCCGAUGACUGACCUCCGCCUCACAUUCCCCGCUGCACGGGUGAAAUUCGCAUCGGGCUAGAGAAGAGGUCUCGUAUCCGUAUCCGCCUUCGGGGAGGACGGAAAGUCAUGGGGAGAAGUGGAGACGAUUCAGCCCCCGGUAAGAGGUGCCGUUGGCAUCCGUCCUCGUUACAGGGUUUCUCGUUCACUGUUGACCAUUCACCGGUUGCACAUAACUUGUACGUGUGACUUUACGGGGACGUGAAUGUCCAAUAAAUAAACUUUACGUGAGGAUUUCUUCUUUUA